AAUUUAAUGGGGAACCGGAGUGAGUUAUCUUAUCUUGCACCGUGAGAGGUCGCCACAGGAAAAUGCGGUCCAACACAAAACAGCUGAUAAUGGCAUCUCUUCAUCUUAUCAGUAUCAGUAUUCUUAAAGAAAGCGAACGUGUUUUAUAUUGUCUUAAGUGGAAAUUGAUAACAAUGGCAACUAAUUUUGGUUCAAUGACUAUUCCUGAAUUAGGAAAGGAACUCGAAAAAAUUGGUGCAAAAAAAUCGGGACGAAAAAGAGAGCUUGUAGAAAGGCUUGAGGCAUACACACGCAAUGCUCACUGCUCCAGGACAGACCUUACUGCUGCUCAAUAUUAUGUGAUGGUCCUUCCUGAUCCUCAAAAAUAUGAAGAUCUGAACAGUGACAAGAAUUUUCCUGGGUGCAAUAUGGAUAAUAUUACAACAUACUUGGCACAGUUCAAUAAAAAUUUAGAAUCCAAAGCGAAGAAUUUGUACAACGAUGGAUUUAUCAAGUACAUCCGUACCACUGAAAACAAUGCCCUAUGGUAUGUUAGGAGUGCCAUUAGAGCAGAGAUGUCAAAGUCUGUAGUUUAUACUAUAGAUAUUGUAAUGGAAAAUGAUGGCAAUAUUGCAGAAUGUCAGUGUGAGUGUGCAGCAGGAAUGGGACCUCUAGCACACUGUAAACAUAUAUUCACAGCACUGUUUGCAUGCCUUUCAUUCAAAACACACGGAUCUGUGAAAACCGAACAAACAUGCACACAAAGGCUGCAAACGUUUCAUAGAGUGAGGCCACAUAGAGGAACCCCUAUGAAAGCGAAUAACCUGGACAUGCCUGGAUGUGAGGAAAUUUGUAAUUUCGCAGAUGGAUUUGAUCCUAGGCCAGUCGAGUAUAGGAAUAAUCUAGGAUACAAGUCUUACUUCCAGAAUGUAUGCCUUUCAUAUCCAGGAGUAAGCAAGACCCCUAUAUUUUCAAACUUUCCCUCCAGCAAACAUGAGGGGCAUUGA